AAGAAUAUUAGGGUUUUUAAAAUAGGAAAAAAAAUAAUAUCAGGAUUUAAAAUGGUAAGAACCAAUAGAUUUUAGUCCAUGGAAAAAUAUCAAAUAUCAAAUAUGGAAUAGAAUUUUUCUUUUCUUUUUUGAGAAAAAAAUGGAAUAGAAAUUGAAGAGAAUAUUAUGACUCUUUUCAAAACCCUCCUAAAACCACUUUUUCGCUCAUCUCUAUCCUCUGAGUUCAGAGAAUGGAAUCUCUUUCAAGUUCAGUGUUCAUCUCCAGAUUCCCAGAAACAUACCCAACUAUCAACACCCCAUCUUCUUCUACUACUUCUUCUCCUUCUUUGUCAGUAAUCAAGUUAUUGAAUAAUCCAGUUGGGUCUCUCAAACUUGCCCAAACUGCACGUUUUCCCAGCCCUUGCGUUCACGCUGUCGCCAGUGAGGUAUCAGGAGGGGAAGAGGAAGAUCAGAGGCCCUUAAAUAAUGGGUUUGGCUUUGUUUCUGAUGAUACCCUUUCUUUGUCUCAGGAUAAUUUAAAGCAGAAUAAAAGCAUUGAAAAGAAUGCAGAGAAAAUAGUAAAGGUGGAGACACCUUUGGUGGUUCCGCAUGGAAGUGGAACUGGUGGGGGAACCAGAGCUGGACUUUUUAGAACUCCAAUUUCUGGUGGGGUGCAGAGUGCAACCUCAGCUCAUGGCUUACCUCGACCAGCAUUGGCAGUUCGCAAUUUGAUGGAGCAGGCUAGAUUUGCUCAUCUAUGCACUGUAAUGUCUCGAAUGCAUCAUCGAAGAGAAGGAUAUCCAUUUGGUUCCCUGGUUGACUUUGCACCAGAUUCAAUGGGACAUCCCUUAUUUUCAUUUUCUCCAUUGGCCAUCCACUCACGAAACUUGUUAGCAGACCCUAGAUGCACGCUUGUUGUGCAGAUACCUGGAUGGAGUGGCUUGUCAAAUGCAAGGGUCACAAUCUUUGGUGAUGUCUUCCCACUUCCAGAACAUCAACAGGAGUGGGCUCAUAAGCAGUAUAUUGCAAAACAUCAACAAGGGCCUUCUCAGCAGUGGGGGAAUUUCUACUACUUUAGGAUGGAGAAUAUAAGUGACAUAUACUUUAUUGGAGGCUUUGGCACUGUUGCUUGGGUUGAUGUUAAUGAAUAUGAGGCCCUUCAGCCUGAUAAAAUUGCAGUUGAUGGAGGGGAGCAAAAUCUUAAGGAACUCAAUGCAAUCUUCUCAAAGCCCCUUAAAGAGCUGUUGUCCACCGAAACAGAGGUGGAUGAUGCUGCUCUGAUAUCAAUAGACAGCAAAGGAAUCGAUAUUCGGGUCCGUCAAGGUGCACAGUUCAAUGUACAGCGGUUAUCAUUUGAAGAAGGGCAUGCAGUUGAAACAUUAGAGGAAGCUAAGGAUGCUCUAUGGAAGCUAAUAAAUAAAGGCCAAGUACACAAUUUGCACAAAUAAAAAUUUGAUGGCGCAUUGUUCUUCUUGAGUUUUUAAUGGCUAACUUACUCUAGUUUAUAUUUACUAGAAUGACUCAGUUUUGCUUCUGUAUUAAUAAAGUUGCUAUAGCUUUUGUGAAAAUUUGCUAAAUUUAGUAAGGUUUAUUAUUGUUAAAUUUGGUGGGUU